CCAGACUGGUCCUAGGAACAUGGUCACCAGAGCCCAUGACAUAGCUGUCCUUGGGUCCUGCAGAACCAUUCUGGCCCUGUGGAAGGCGUUUGGCAUCCGGCGAGAGACCACAAUCAACGUCCUACAGCUGCUCAUAGGCAUCCUGGAAAACCCCUCCACAGAGGGAACGACAGAGAUGGCCCUGCCACCUGUGGCGGCAGUGUGUGCCUUGUGUGAGAUGCUCUCCGGGUCCCAGUGCCGGGUCGCCAUCCAGGAACUCUACCCCCGGGUGUUGCUGGCUGUGCUGUGUCAUCUCUACUGGGUGAUUGAGCAAAAUGCUCCCCAGAAGAUGGUGGUCUACAGGAAGGAUGGGGGUCCAGGCGGCAAGAGCAAGACCUUUGACCCUACUAGUUGUGCCCUGGAGGUGGUGAAGCUGGUGUUGUUGGCAGCUGCAUAUGAUGGUGUGGUGGUCUAUGCAGAUCAGCAUAAGUGCUGGAAUCUUCUGUCCUGCCCCAAAGUUUACUACAUAGGGAUCAUAGAACUGACAAGCGGCAUUGUGAAGAACUGUGAACCAGCCAUGCUGCACCGAAUUCUGAACCUUGCCAAGAACCUUCUCAACAGCUUAGAUAACCAUCAGAAGAUCCUGGCCAGGACUUUCUAUGCACAGCUCCUCUGGCACCGAUCAAUAGCUGAGACUCUGGGGCAAGACUUUUUGGGCAAUCUAAUCAAGUGGAUCAAGGAGCCCAACCUCAUCAUGAAGGAAGUUGGGCUCCGUGGAGUCAGUAACCUGGCACUACACCCAAGACAAUCAGAGUCUCUGAAGAGCCUGGUCCCACUCUUGCGAGACUUCCUGAAGAGUGAGGUGCGAGUGACAGUUCAGGCAGUGAAGGCUCUACGGAACAUCAUCUACCAUGGUCAGGGAGAGGACAUCAAGGUGGUCUUCUGCAGCAUCUCCAGGCAACUGCGUCCACUCAUCAAUGAUGUAUGGGCCUCAGUCCCUAGGAUCAGCUGGGAACAGUAUGGGCUGGGGCUGAAUAUGAACCCUGGAAGCUGA